UGCUCUCUUGUUUACAUUCUUUUUGUUCGUACACAAAAUUAGGGUAAUCCUUGUAUUUUUCUUUAUUUUCCCAUGAAUCCUUGGCAGAAUUCCCUGGAAAUUGUGCAAAUUUGCUAGAUGAGCUUCCAAUUGUAAUUAAAUAAAUAGAAAAUAGAGAAAAUGGUGAAAGUGGGAAAAGUUCUGGUUUGUGGAAUGAAAGGUGUUGGCAAGACUGCAAUUAUCGAGCAAUUGAUCUCCGGAAACAUUACUCCAGACUCUGAGCUGCAUCCGACAAUUGAGGACACAUACGUGGCGAGUAUUGAUACUGGACGAGGUUCGAGGGAUUUGCUGAGAAUCUUCGAUACUGCCGGUCUUCAGGGGAAUAUUCAGCUGCCGAAGCAGUACUUCCAGCUAUCGGAUGCAUUUGUUCUGGUUUACGAUCCCAGUGAUCCAGCCAGUUUGGACAUUUUGGCGGGAAUUAAGAAUGACAUCGAUAAGCACAAGGACAAAAAGGAGAUGAUUGUGAUUGUUGUGGCCAAUAUGCACAUGAGGAACCAUCGAGCCAGUGAACGAGGAGAAAUGGAUCCGGUGGAGUCCAUUCUCAAUCGUGCCAAUAUCUGGUGCUCCCGGGAACGCUUCAAGCAUUACGUGGUCAAUGCCAUGGAGAGGGCUUCCCUCUACGAACCCUUCAUCAAUCUGGCCUCGAGGAUUCACGUGCCGCAGUCCAAGAGCACAUUCCCUCAGCUCCGGCAACUCACUCAGAAGAAUUCCGUAAACUACUGAACAAUCCAUGCUCUCAGUCAGAAAAAGAAUCGAAACUACUUAAAGGAUCUGCAAAGGGACUUUGUGCUUAAUUCUGGUUGUUGUUCUUCUAAAGAAAAUUAUCCAUUGAAUGUUAAUUUAUUUUAUCUUUUUUUUUUUAUAUAAAAUUCCUUCCGAAGGAAUAUUUUCCUUCACAACGUUACAUGACUACUUCUAAUCACAAAAAAAAAUAAAUAAAUAAAAAAAGAAAAGAUUAUGGUAAUAAAAUUUUAUUUAUGUAAAAAAUCCA